AUGAAAGGAAAAAACAAAAAAGCAGAAGAAGACCCGUCAAAUCCACGGGACAAGACGAAACGUGUGGCAAAGGAAAAGAGAAAAAGAGAGAAGGCAAUAAAGAGGCUGUGGUCAAAACAAGACGAGAGGCCAGUGUGGUCUAAAUAUGGAAUUGUCCGUGUUUGUAAUAAGAUUUUGUCUAAAACUUAUGAGAUGGGCCGAGCUAAACUUGCAAGUCUUGGAGCAGUCGAGCUCAAUCAUUAUUCCUGCCGUGGAAAAAGAAGUGAGUCUCGUCGUGGGUGUCAAGAAUGA